CGCCUCUGCCGGCCACCAUGUCCGCCCAGGCGCAGAUGCGGGCUCUGCUGGACCAGCUCAUGGGCACGGCGCGGGACGGUUCAGUGUAUCUUUGCCUGCCUACAUCAAUCUGCAAGGGAGUUGCAGAAAAGCCUCAUGUUCAUCGAGCCGUGAGUCACAACCAAUUUCUAAGCUGUUAUAACAAAAAAGUGUUUGCUUUUUUCACAAGUAACUUUAAAAGUGUAGUUUAGAAAGAAAACAUUUUCAGUAAAGACACUACAUUAAUUCUGGAUGCUUGCAAAUCCUAAAAUAUAUUCCUCCUCUAGCGUUGCACAGCUCUGUGCGUGUACACAGGUCAGCUUUAAAAUCUGUCACGUGCCACUUUGCCUUUACCUUGUAUCGUUCCCCCGACUUCCUCACUGCAGGUGUGGGCAAGAACACUUUCCCCUUAAAACUUCUCAGCAGCGGGCAUAAAAUUCUGCAGCUGAGGGCUUGAAGAAUGCAGAUGGGACAGUGUGUGUUGGAGCUCGCAGUGUGUAUUGACUGACCUCGUCCCCUCUCGCUCUCUUCGGUAUUGUCUUGCUAAAAGUGACUCCCAGGUGCCAGCUCUCCUGCGGGUGGGGAUGCAAGGGGGUAGGAAAAACAGGUCCAGGUUAUUAACAGCGAUAAGAGUUUGAAAGCUUUGUUCUUCAUGUAAUUUGGGGCAGCACACUGCCCGUGCGUUUUUCCCGAAACAGAAAGAUAAGUCGAAUAAGUAGCUUUUGUUUGUGGAGAUUACCAGCUGUCAGUCCUACUUGGUGGUUCGUGGCACUCUGACUAGCAUGGGUUUGGUGCCGCAGUGCCCACGUGUAAAUGCAGGCUGACGGGGCUUUCGGUGGUCAGCCUUCCCUUCUGACUCCUUGACUUCUUUGGCACAGCGAUGGAGUCAGAUCUCAUUGUGAUUCUUCAUGAAACGCUCAGCCUCAGAGAAAAAUGUGUGUUCUGCUCCAGAAGUAAAUAUCUCUAGAUGAGCCUGUCAGUGUAUUUGUUGGGGAGAACACAGACAUGAUAGUCUGCAGACCACCAGGAGACGAAACCAGACAGAGAGUCAAGUUUACAGAUGACCGUGUCUGCAAGAGCCACCUCCUGGACUGCUGCCCCCAUGACAUCCUGGCUGGGACGCGCAUGGACUUAGGAGAAUGCACCAAAAUCCACGACCUGGCCCUCCGAGCAGAUUAUGAGAUUGCCAGUAAAGAGAGAGAGCUGUUUUUUGAGUUGGAUAUAGUAACGAGUUUCCCGUUACGUGAGACAGUAGACAAUAACUGGAGGUGCUCACAGCUCUCAGCGAUGGAUCACUUGGAGUCCUUCAUCGCGGAGUGUGACCGGAGGACUGAGCUCGCCAAGAAACGUCUGGCAGAGACACAGGAGGAGAUCAGUGCGGAGGUCUCUGCAAAGGCAGAAAAAGUGCAUGAGUUGAACGAAGAGAUAGGAAAACUCCUUGCUAAAGCCGAGCAGCUUGGAGCUGAAGGAAAUGUGGACGAAUCCCAGAAGAUUCUUACGGAGGUGGAGAAGGUUCGUGCUAAGAAGAAGGAAGCGGAGGAGGAGUACAGGAAUUCCAUGCCUGCAUCCAGCUUCCAGCAGCAAAAGCUGCGUGUGUGUGAGGUCUGCUCAGCCUACCUCGGUCUCCAUGACAACGACCGCCGCCUGGCAGACCACUUCGGGGGCAAGUUACACCUGGGCUUCAUCCAGAUUCGAGAGAAGCUCGACCAGUUGAGGGUCUGCAUCGAGAACCAGAGAUCGCAGGAGGUCACGUUCCCGGGAGCGGCGUCGAAGGCGGUCAAGGUCUGCCUCCCGAGAGCGGAGGAAGUCUUCCCGGUCCCGGUCCCGAGACAGACACCGACGCCACCGCAGCCGUUCGCGGAGCCACAGCCGGGGUCACCGCCGGGUUUCCCGGGACAGGAGUGCGAAAUACAAGUUCUCCAGAGAACGGGCUUCGAGGGAGGAGUCCUGGGAGUGUGGGCGCAGCGAGCGGGGGGCCAUCGACUGGCGGCUGGAGAGCUCCAACGGGAAGUCGGCGUCCCGGAAGUCGGAGGAGAAGGAGGCUGGGGAGAUCUGAACCUGAGCCCCGGCACUGUAUAUAGUCCGAUCGGCGGUCAGCACAGCCUACGGCUCCCCUUUCUAUUUGCUGAAUACAGCUCAUCUUUUGUAGUUUAAACUUGCUGUUGUUUUGGAGCUAGCUGUGCGUCGUAGAGCUGUGCGGUCGCUCCUGUGUUCCAGCAUCGUGCUGAACGGGAAUAAAGGAAUCUGACGGGC